CGCACGCCGGUUUGGAGUAAAUUUUAUUGUAACCUAAAUUAAAAAUAGGGACGAAGGUUAAAAUAAAGAGUAAUAGUGAAGGAAAAAAAUUAAUAAAAUGGAUAAUGACAAUGAGCAAGAAAAUGUUAAUGAAGAGGAUUAUUAUACUUUUCUCAAUUUACCAAGAAACGCAACACCUGAAGAAAUUCAUCAAGCUUAUAGAAGACAAAGUAGACUUUAUCAUCCCGAUAAACACGUGGAUCCAGUACUGAAGAAAAAAGCAGAGACUCUGUUUAGUCGAACAAAUAAAGCAUAUGAAGUGUUAAGUGAUCCUCACCAAAGAGCUAUUUAUGACUCCCUCGGAGUUAGAGGAUUGGAAACACAAGGAUGGGAAAUAGUUCAAAGAACAAAAACUCCCCAAGAAAUAAGAGAGGAAUAUGAAAGAAUUGCUAAGGAAAGGGAAGAUAGAUUAUUGCAACAAAGGACUAAUCCUAAAGGCAAUAUAACUGUUUACGUGAAUGCAACUAAUAUUUUUAAUAGCUACGAUGAAGAAUAUGAUGUUGGAAACGGAUUAUUUAGUGGUGUCGAAAUUAGUGGAAUGUCUUUUCAACAAUCAAUUGAAGCUCCCCUGACUUUAAAAGAUACAUUGACUCUCUACGGCCAGUUAGAUGCUGAAAAUGGUACCGGAGUAGGUACGGUAAAUGUUGCUGCUCGAAAAACACUAUCAUCAAAGAGUUGGGUGGAAUUAGAUGUAGGAGCUGGUAACGGACCUGUAACGUCAGUUAAAUGUUAUCGGUCUCUGACCCAGCGAUUAUUUUUCACUGGAGCCAUAAUUCUUCAAUUUAAACCUAAUGAAGUCCGACCCGGACUAGUUGCUUCUUUAGGCCAACAAUUAGAUAAACACACAGUUGGAUAUAUAACAUAUAAAGGUGGAAUUCAAAACGGAAUGACUACAAUGAUCGUAAGAGAUACUCCAGAAUCAUACACUUCCUUUACUUUACAAUUCGGAUUGGUUAACAGCUUUGCUAGUCUUAGUUAUACUUAUAAAAUGGUGGAAAAAGAAAUGAAAUUACGAGGAACGUUAAAGGUAGGUACUCUCGGAGCAUAUUUAGAGUACGGAGCUGAAAAAAAGGUAUCAAAACAUAGUGCAUUAUCUGCAUCUGUACGCGUCGGUGUACCAAAUGGUGUCACAUUAAGGAUUAAAUUAAUUCGUGCAUCACAGUCUUACUUAUUUCCAAUUCAUUUAUGUGAAGAAAUUGUUCCCGCACCAGUUUUCUAUGCCACAGUGGUACCUCUUAUAACGUGGACAGUUGUCAAGAAGAUAGUUAUUGAGCCAAUGAUAAAAGAACAGAAAGAAAGGGAGAAAGAAAAACAAAAGGAAUUGAAUAAAGCUAGAAUGUUAGAAAAACAACGUGAAGCUAAAGCAGCUAUUGAACUAAUGAUGGCUACAUUUAGUAGAAUUAGAGCUGAAGAAGAAGCUAAAGGUGGUUUAGUUAUUACGAAAGCAUUAUAUGGACGCUUUGUUUAUCCUGAUAAACGAAAUCAGCAACAAGAAGUUGGAAAUGAUUCAAAGGACGAUGUUAUUGAUGUUACUAUUCCAUUACAGUGCUUAGUUAUUAACUCUAGAUUAGUUCUACAUGAAGCCUCGAAGAGUGAAUUACCUGGCUUCUAUGAUCCAUGUUUUGGGGAAGAUAAGCAGCUUCUUUUACAGUAUCUAUUUCAUCGACAGACACAUGAAUGUCUUAUAAAAGAUAAUGAACCUCUCCGAAUACCAGUGCAAUCUCAUCGUGUCAACAUGACUUGACAUAAAAAACGGAUUUCAAAAGCAAAACAAACACAAUAAUUAACUAAAUUUAUAUAGAUUCUUUCGCUUCUAAAUUAGCUUUAGGUGAUUUACUUAGAACAUAAAAAUCCUACUAGCAUAUUAUGAAGAAAAGCGUACUUUAAAUUACAUUUUCAAUAUUCAAUGAUUAAAACAAUUAUUAUAAAUGAAAUUACGAAAUUAAUUUUUAUUCUGCAUCUUAUUGAAUAGUCAGAUAUAAAAAUUAAAAAGUUUGAAACAAAUACUUAUUUAUAUGUUCAUGUUUUGACUCUUACAUAGAAAUUAUGUAUGAAUAUUAAUUAGUUAAUUUAAAAAACUUUAUUCAUACUCAAUAUAUCAUUUUACUAACAUAGUCGUUAAUGAAAUACGAGUCCAGUCAGUUUAUCGUACUCUUAUACGGUUGACGCUUCAGUCUAAUUGUUACAAGCAUAUAUUAAUACAUGGUUAAAUUAAUUAUGAUACUUGUGAAAUAUGAAAAGAUAGCAAGAAGUAAAGAACACUAUAUUUUUUAAAUCGUAUAAAUUGUGAUGUGAUAUAAUAA